GCUCCCCGCUAAUCAUCGUCUUUUCGCCCCGCCAUAACGCUGUUUAUCGUUAUGGCGCCCCGCUAAACAUCGUCUUUUCGCCUCGCCAUAACGCUGUUUAUCAUUAUGGCGCCUUCCGGCUAGUCAUGCGCUGAGCAAUCUUUCAUAGAAGAUGGCGGAGCAAAGCAGUUACACCAGCCUUUUGAACGGAGACAAUACCACUAAACAGGAUCUAAUUAGAGAAUAUCAUUUUGCUGGCUACACGUACUCCGAUAUUAUUCUUAUUCUCUUCUACCAACAUCACGUAUCUAUAAGCUGUAGACAACUACAUCGGAUACUCAGAUCACUAGGUCUUCGUCGUCAGCAUGCGGUAACGGAUGAAGUAGUUCAAGCUAUACAG